AUGAGCAGCAUGCCUGGCGAACUGGACGUGUCCUUCAUGGCGGAGCUUGAAGAAGUGAUCGAUGCGGCUGCGGCUGCUGGUGCUGAAGAUCCUAAAAUGGAAGAGGGGGCCAAUUCCGAUGCAUCUUCGGGGUCGGGGGCCUCAUCGAAGCGGAGCUUCAAGCGAGGACGAAGGUCCACGGGGUCGAGGAGCACAGCCCCUAGCGCGAAGGUCAAGCCGGCUAAGAAAAUAGCCGGUGUCCGGAAGCAAACCAAGGCAAAUUGCCGGAAGUGCAAAGGCUGCGGGCUUUUUUUCCGCCCAGAGGAUAUGGGCAGCAGAUCCCCAUACUGUGUCAAGGACAAAACUCGGGUGGACAAUCUGACCCGCCUUGCCAAGCAGUUGGGCAGGUCCGCUUGGUUUGCUUCGAUCAAAGCCGAUGAAAGCAAGCUUCCACACGCCCUCAAAACUUACCGGGAUCUCACCGGUGACGAUGGCGAGGGGUCCAAGAAGAAGGUUCCCAAGGGCGUCCUCUUCCAAUCGAUGGAAAAGUCUGUGGCCGGCAGCAGAGUUUCGCACGAUGCUGAGUACAAGUACAUGCCUGAAGACCUUUACACAAAGCACGUGACAGAAGUCAUCACGGAGCAGGAGGGCCGCCUCACUGGUGCCCAAGCGGCUGCCCAAUGGUCUAAAUGGAAGGCGCUCAUCGAGGAGGAUCCUGACACCCAAGAGAUCAUUUAUGACAAGAAGGGAAAGGAUGGUGCAUUGAGAGUCGCUGUUCCCAUCAGUGACAUUGUCCGAUUGAGCAACUUCCAGGAGGAUCUCAAAGAGUUUGGGCAGGUGCGCACCGAGAAGAACUUGGAUGAGGCUGCCCAGGAAGCCAGGCGGAAGGACAUCGUCGCCAACCACAACAGCGAAGAUGCUAUCUGCCGAGCUUCGAAACUUGCUCGGAGUGGUGCUGGCGGCAACGCUUUCAUCGGCAAGACCUUCGACUUCGACUUCGAGGCCCUGAUGAAGAGUAUGGCUGAUGAAGAUGAGCAAAAGGACGAGGAGGGUGACGGCUCUGAGAAGGCGAGCUCACAGCCAAGCACCUCUGGCAAAGGCGGCCUCGACAAGGACAAGGAUUCGGACAUCAGCCCCUCCAAGCCGAAGGGUAAGAAGAGGGGGAAGGACGAGGAAGGCGCGCCGAAGCCGGGCAAGAAGGCCAAACAGUGGGACAAGGAAACGGUUGUUGCCAGCCGCAUCAGGAGUGAGAACACUGCACUCUGUACAUUGGAGGUGCAAUUGACGCAACGGCUAGGAGAAUGCCGCGAGGUCCUGGCGACGCUGCAAAGCAAAGGUCAGGAUUGCAGCGAAGAAGCCAAAGUCGAGAAAGUCACCCUCGAGAAGCGGACGAUGUUUCUGGCUGCCAUCAUGGGGACUUCGGGGGAGAAGCUCAAGGCGCUCAUCGGUGAAUACGACCGGCAGGCCCCGGCCCAGGCAAUCGAGAAGAGUACUCCGCCGGCGCCGACGGUGGUUACGAGUUGGGAAGCGCAGCUGGAGACUUCGCCUCCUUGCGAAAGCUUUCGAGAGCUGACCACUCUUGCAUCCUGGAAGGACUCCGUAGAGAGUCUGUGGAGUGCAUCCUCGGCUGCGGAGCUGCGGGACUUGUCCAAGACCAGAUGCACCCAAAGGCGGCCGAUUCUAGAGCUUAGCCAAGCUUGCAAGACGGGAGUGAAGGAGCUGCAGAAGGCGAUGACGGCCUUUGAUGCGAGAAAAAAGCAGAAGGCCGAAGGCGUGCGGCCGAGCGCGAAAAAGGGUGCUGCUGCCGGCAGCGCCCUGUGGGAGACGGGAUUGGAGGUGGCCAUGGCGGUUCCCGAGGUCACAUGUGCUUCUGACGAGGUGGACUUCUCCAUGCCCACCCUCUUCAAGUUGGCCAAGCCGCAGCUGGACACGUUGGCAACGGAUUCCUUGAAAGCGGCGGGCGACCAGUUUGCCACAGCGAGAGCGGCGUGCAAGAUGCAAGCCGAAGCCGCUGCGGUGUGGUCCAGCUUUGUGGGCUACCUGCCCAAGAUGCUCGAGAACGUGGAGGGUUGCGAGUGCGGCCCGUUCCAUGUGGGCGUCCAGGGUGGCAAUGUGGCAACUGCCAGCGAGGCGGACUACAUGGCCAGCAUCCGUGUGGCGACCCAGGGGAGCCGGACCGUCAUUGCAAUUCCGAUGUCGCUAGCGAGUCAUGUAUUCGGCAACCACGAGCCCACCGUUCUGUGGAGCAGGUUCAUGAAUGCAAGCGUGCAGGAGAUCAACCAACUUGCCGAAGGUCGGCACGGUCGGCAGAUGUUCGCCAUCACGCAUGGAGUUGGGGAUGUGCUGUACCUCCCUGCGGCUUGGAUCUUUGCAGAGAAGGUCAAUGCCCAGAAUGACAUGCUGGGGAUGCUUGCUCGAGGCCUUGUGUUGAAGGACCACCAAGCGAUCACCGAGCUGGGCCUGGUUUUCAAGCUGCUGUCUGCUUCCAAGACGGCCGCAACAGAAGCACUCAAGCCCAAGCUCGAGAUGAUGGAGCGCAUGCUUUCUGAUUACAUCAAGAUUCAGCGUGAAAUGGCGGCAGCGGAGGCCCUGAUCCGCGACAAGGACAAUGCCAAUGCCGAUGCCGAUGCCAACGGCGGCGGUGAAGGUGAAGACGAUUCCACAAAGGCCCCGGCCCCGGCCCCGACAAAGGCUGCUGAGACUGAGACUGAUGAGGCUGCCAAGCCAGACGAGGCGAUCCCGCAAGAUCUCCCGAAGGAGGAGGUUCAGGAGGUUCCGAACGUACUCCCCCCCGUUGUCCCCACAGAGGACUCGGAAUCGGGGCGGGAGGCCGCGCCGGGGCAGGUCAUCGAUGUCGAGAAGGUCCAAGAGCCCAUCGAGAUCAAGUGA